UCUACAGAGUGUGCCGGCUCUGUGGCUCUUCACCCCGCGCCCUCUGGCCUUCCAGCUGGGAAGACAGACUCCAUCUCCCUGCGGCUAAGCAUGAGCUCAUGGAUGCCCUGAGGCGGCCGGGGCCAUUUCGGGCAGUCCCUCCCGAGGCCUGGCCUGACUGCAGGGAGGAGCCGGGCUCCUGGGUGAGGACCCCCAGCCCGCCCACGUGGACCGCAGGCCAGGAAGACCAGGACGGGGGCAGCUCGGCAUCGUCCGUGUCAUCGGGCCGCCUCUCAGGCUCCUCUGGUGGCCAUGAACCCUGCUUCCCUCCCCGAGGGCCCUGGAGGGAGCGGCCGCCCCAGGCUCCGGGGCACCAGCAGCAGCCCAGAAAGAGAGACCCCAGGCUGGAGCAGCUGAGGGACAAGAUCCGGGCCCAGGCCCAGUGGCAGGGGAGCUGCGCCUCCCUGGGCACCUCGGUGCCCUCCGGCACCUCACGCCUCUCCAAAGCCCCCGCUGUGGCACUCCAGAGGAAGACCCGCAAGGUGACCAGCGCCCUGGCAGUCCCAGUUCCCUGGGAAAACGCCAAGAGGAUGAAAAGCAGUUCUUAUAAAAGCGAGAAGGCCCCCAGACUGCCCGUCCCCAGCAGAGCUGCCAAAAGCAAAGAUUCUGAGUUGGUUGGCGUUUACGCCUGGCGGAGAGGACAAGCACUGGUACGGUCGCUGCUGGGGCCCCCUCCGGCCCGCCCCGGGCUCCAGAGCAAGCCACCCUCCAGACAGCCCGCCCCCGCCGCCGACUUAGGAGCUGAUGAGAGAGCCCCAGCCGCCGAGGGCUCCCCCGGCUCCCCCUGGCUGUCCAGGCCCACCUCUGCUCACAGUGACCAGCUGGCUUCCCGCGGGCCACCGGCGACCGUCCACACCGCUCUGGCCGUCCUCCAGGACCUGCGCCAGCAGAUUCAGGCUGGGCUGGAGAUGGCUCAGCACCCCAGGGGCGCACGGAGGCCGAAGCCGCAGAACCCAUCAGGGAGGAGGCAGCCGGGCCUCCCCAGCGCCCAGGCCGCACAGGGCGCCUCUCCCAAGAGCCCGUGGACUGUGGCGACCGAGGGGACACGGUCCUCUUUAGGCCGAGCAAGGAGCUUCCACAGCCAGAGGCCUUGGAGCUCGCUGACUGAAAGGAAGCCCAGUCUACAGAGGGCCUCGAGGGCCAAGACCCCAGACCCGUCCUUCCCAAGGCCCAGGGGCCCUGCCGAGGGAUCAGGCCUGUUUCCUGAGCGCCCCUGGAGUGCCCUGGCUGGACAGGCCUAUCCGCAGAAGAACCGGGCAGCCCAAGGCCAGGACUGCUACCGAAGGCCCAGGAGCCCUGCCGAGGGGCUGAGCCGAAGGCCCGGGAGCCCUGCCGAGGGGCUGAGCCGAAGGCCCGGGAGCCCCGCGGAGAGGCUGAGCCGAAGGCCCGGGAGCCCUGCCAAGGGGCUGAGCCGAAGGCCCCGGAGCCCUGCCGAGGGGCUGAGCUCCUCCGGGCGGCCUCCCAGCCCCCUGAGCCCCUGGGCAACUUAUGAAGACCGGAAGGUUCACGUCUCCAGACCCUGGAGCCCUCUGGAAAGACCUGGCCUCUCCCCCAAGCCCUCCUGGAGCAGCUCCUUCCUGCAGAAGGCAGGGCCCCCUCCCUGGGGAGCCAAGCAGGCCUGGCCGAGGCACCCCCGGGGGCAGGACACACCCCGUCCCAGGCCGCAGAAGGCUGUGGAGCAGCCCCACAGCUCCGAGUCCUUACGAGACUUCAUGCGCCGCAAGGCCCAGGCCCGGCAGCAGCAGGCCCUGGAGCAGAAGGCCAGGACAGCCCACACACUGGACCUGAGGAACCAGAGGCUGCAGGAGGUGUACCAGAAGCAGAGGGAGGCCAUGCUGGGCAAGGCGUUCCCCAUGGUCUCCCAGACGAAGCCUAGCAUCGUCACCUUUGUUCCCAGUUCUGCGCAGGCUGGGGAUUUAGAAGUCCCUGGGAGCCUGGGUUUGCAGGAGUGGAGCAAGGUGACAUCCGGCAAGGUGCUGGGGGACCAGGAGGCCCCAGGCAGCUUCUGUCUGUGUUUGAACAGAGCCUGGAACCGUGCUGAGACCCCGGACUCCAGAGGCCGCCUGGACAGCAUGAGUGGCGCCCCGCUGCUGCCAUCCACCGCCUCCUGGGCCCCCCCAAAGCUCGAGGACCUGCCCCAGAGGCUGUGCAUCUAUGUGGAGCCCUGGGAAGCUGAGGCCCUGGGCCGGUCCCCCCUGCAGUUCCAUUACAAACAGGCCCGGCUGCAGGCGCUGGAGACCAUGGCCGACGUCCUCAAGCAGCGCAUCGACAUCCUGACCGCCAAGCUGCGCCGGACGGAGUCGCCGGACACUGGCAGGAGCCUGGCCUCGGAUCUGCCCCGCUCGGGGCCCGGCCCGGUGCCUGCCACCCCCACUCUCACUUCCUCUGCCUUCCCCGACAUGGUUCCCAGUGGGGGAAGAGCGGCGUCCGCGGACGCAGUGCGUGUGCAGCCCCGGUCCGUCCUCCCUGCCGCCUGCUUCCCAGAUGCUGAGACGUGGCCAUGGAGCUCGAGGUGGGAGCCACAGAGCCCAAGCACGCCGGCCUACCUCCAGAGCCAGGCCAAAGACAUCCCGGACGAGGAUGAGUGGGAGCUGGAGAAGAGGCCGCGGGGGGCGUCAGCCCCGCUCCAAGCCCUCAGCACCUACACACGGAGCUCCUCCAGGACACCAGCCACAGUGAACCCCACCAGCUCCUCCCUGUGGCUGGAGGAAGUGCCAUCAGCCAGAGCAGCAGGCUUGGUAACGCCCUGGACGGGCCGGAGCUGCGGUCAGCAGGAGCAGCGUCCUGAACACCCGCCCGGAGGCCGGUUCCUAGCCAAGCUGCGGCUCAAGUCCCGGAGCUUCCUCCAGUCCCUGAAGCUAGACCAGCGGAAGCAGGAGAAAGCUCUGAGCCUUCUACGGCAGCGGGCUGAACAGGAGGUCUGGGAAACGCAGAUGGCGCUGGAAGGACUGCUCUUCAAACACCAGCUGGAGGAACUGAUGCAAAGACAUUCAGCCCAGGCCAGCCCAGAAAAGGCUUUGACGCUGGAAGAACCGCAGCCCUGCGGGGGCUCAAAGCCUGUGACAGCUAGACCCAGAUCAGUGCCAGCCCGGGGCAGAGUUUCCAGGGCAUCCUCCCAGAGUCCCGCGGCUACGCCUAGGAGCAGGGCAGGCUUGGCGCCAUCUGCAGCGCCCAAAGGCUUCAGGGUGGCCAUGUUGGAGCAGAGCCUGCACGAAGAGGAGCUGCACGCCCGGCACCAGGCUUCGCUGCUGCGCCUGCGCGAGCUGGCGCUGGAGGAGAAGGAACGUACGGAGCUGGCCUGGCUGGACCACCAGAGAGGGUGUCUGGAGAUCAAGGGGGAGAAAACUGCUGAGCUGUCCGAGAGGAAACAGCAAGCCAUCAGCAAGCUGGAGAAAGAGCGGAGGGAAGUCCGAUACCUGAAAAACUGUUCCCUGGCCAUGCACCAAGGCAGGAAGCAGCUCCUACAGCGUCAGAAAGCCAUCCUGGAAGCACAGAGGUCUGUUGCCCAUCUGCGGCAGGAGCUCCAGGCUCUGGCCCAGAGUCCCAGCGGCAGAGUCAAGGACGUCUUGAAGGGGAGCCCCAAGACAAGCCAGCAACCAAAGAGGGCACUGUGCCUCCUGCCACUGCCCGACCUCCAGCCUCCAAGGAGCCUCCAGAGCUCAGCGGCCACACAGCCCCACUCUGAGCAACAGGCGACCCCGCCCCAGACAACGUGGGAGGCAGAUGACCUAGAGCCAGGAGGGGAGGACACCCCCGAGGCCAGCAGCCCGCAGGUGAAGAGUGCCAAGCAGGCCAGCCAAGCGCGGGAGGAGCAGCCUCGCGUCCCUCUGCACUCAAGUUCUCCGGACGUUGGACAGCUGCCAGGCCCGGACUUUCCCGCCAUCCAGGCAGCAGGGAGGCCCCCAGCCCAGCUCAGGCCACAGGAGGCCAAGGACCUGCCCCCAGGUAAGCCCCCUGGAGACAGCCCGUGGGCCCCCCCAGUGAGGACCUGGCCAGCAGCAUCCCCACCGUCUGGAAGAUCCCGUCCAAGUCUGGUACCCAGCCACCAGGCAAGAACAGGGAGGCCCCCGAGGACAGCCGGAGACACUGAGCCCUGGUGGCCCCCCGCCCUGACCGCAGACCCCUUCACAGCCAGAAGAAUGGCUGGCUCCGUUUGCUGUGAGAGAUGGGCACAGGCGGCUGCCGCCAUAGACAGCCUAGUCCAUUCAGCGUGGGAGAGUGAGUACCUGCUCCUGCACCGAGGAGGCCCAGACUGGGAGGAGCUCCCUGGAGACCCCGCCACCAAGCCCCGCCCCUCCUCAGCGGAUGGCUAUGCUAGAGGCUUCCAUGGACAGAGCAGAGAGGGACCUCAUGGUCCCCAGGAAGCCAGUGUGGCUGAAGUGGUGGAUGUUGCCAGAAGCCCUCAGUGGGACACCCAGGAAAGACAGAGCUGGCAGUCAGGGAAGCAGAGGGUGGAGGCCUGGCAGCAGGAAGACCCCAGCACCCCUUCCGUCUGUGGGGAAGCCUCCCCGCCCGCUGCCUGCCCAGCUCCUGCAGCCUCAGAAGAGGAGGCGCCACCCGCCGCCCCGGGCCCAGGCAGCUUCCUGCCCGAGCUUACUGCCGCCUUGGAUCUGCCGUCUCCCUCCUCCUCUGUGGGUUCUGCCAGUAGCCUGAGCUGUUCGUCUCUCCAGGAGUUUGAGAAGGUCACAGCCACCAGGGUCCAGCUUUCUGACAGCUCCCCCUCUCCGGCCAGCGCGGAGGCUGAGAUCAGCCCAGGCGCAGGCUCCAGUGGCUCUGGAGAGUUCUUUGCUCUGGACUCACAGGAGUUUGGCUGGCCUUUGUCCUGUGAUCUUCACCAGGAGCAUCCUUCUCCAGGUGCUGCUCCUGGAGACAAGGGACAGGUGUCCUGGCAGAGGGCCGAGGGCAGGGGCGUCGGGUCCCCGUGCAGCUCCACCGAGGAAGCCGCUGAGGCGGAAGGUCCAGGGCCCGAGUGCCUCCUCCAUGCAGGCCAGCCUCCGCCUUCCCCAGAGAGCCCCUCCCCAGGGUCGGGGUCAGAGCUGUCGGAGGUCUCCAGCAGGAUCUGGGAGGAGGACAGUGACGGGAGGCCAGCAGGACCCAGCCCUGGGGCUGAGCUGGCAUCAGGAAGCCCCCAUCCCGCAGACGGCUCCUCCAGCCCUGAAAACAAUAGAGAGCCCUAUGUGGCUUGCUCCUCCCCAGGCCCUGGGAGUAGACAGGAAGCUUCCAGAACCAGCAAGAGCCUGACCAGUAGAUCGCAUAUGGAGAAAACCAAGCAGGCAAGCCCUGAGGCCCAACCCCCUUCCACCAGUGACUUAGAGCUGUCACUGUCCUGUCCCUCGGGGACCUCCACAUGGCAAGGGGAGGGAGGCCUUGGGGCAGAGGCCACUCUUCCCCAGGCCUCCCUCGGCCACAGCGAGGGGUUCCUGAAUGCUGGCCUGUGCCUGCCCACUGAGAGCAUGCCCCUCCGGGCCUUGCCUGAGCCCCAGGUCCCCACAACUCUACUGGCCCCUCCUGAGGCCACCCCAACAGUCCAGGCACCUGGGUGGGGGGACGGCGGUGGCCCCCUUGUCCUGGAGAAAGCCGGUCCCCCGGGUGCCAGUGGCUUCCUGCCUGAGAUCCUGUCUCCUGUGGAUGAGCAGCUGUCCUACGGCAGUGGGGACCUCCCGUCCUCCGCCCAUAUCCCUGCGCUGCCUCCCAGCCCCGCAGCAAAGAGUGACGUGGAGGGGACCAUCAGCUCAGACUUCCCCUCCCCGCCAGAGGAGGCCAUGUUUCCCAGCUCCCUGGCCGACCUGGAGGAGGACAGCGACAGCUCCGCGGACGGCUUGCCCUCCUCCUCUUCCCAGGAGGCUCUGGAGGAGGCCCUGGCCCUGGGGCCCCAGGAAGCUGAGUUCUGCCUUGGUGGUCAACUGAGCGGGUCUGGCUCGCUAACAGGGAGUCCAGCUGCCCCCAGCCAGGGGUCUGAGCGUGUGCACUGGCCCACACCCCCUUUGAGCGGGGAUAGAGGCAGUACUUGUGGGGGGGUCCCAAGGCCAGCAAAGUCCCCGACAGCGUUCCGGAUGGGUUGUGGGGGGAGGGAGGGUCUGGCAAGGCCAUUGGUGGCUAACCCCGAGGGGGAGCCCCAGCUCACAGGCACGCGAUCUAGCACCCAGCAUGAGCCCCAGCUUUCUGUUCGGGACUUGGGACUCAAUGCUGGUUCAACCCUGGACAGGUCCUUGGGAAAUGUGGGCCAGUCCAAGAAAGGGGUACAGUGUUUUGAGGGUGCCGAGGACCAGCAUGGGUCAGAGGACCUCUUAGACAGAAGGGCCCCUGAGUCCCUACACCCCUGGCCUGCAGCUCCUCCCCCAGGCCCCGUGCUGCUGGUGGCCGAGGGCCAGGUUGGGUCCCUGCAGCAUGCCGGUGAGGAUGGUGAGGGAGGCCUGAGCCGCCAGGCCGACGACCAGCCCAGGCUCCAGGGUUUCCUGGGCAGAGACAGAGACACUGACCCUGCCUCAGGCACAGAGAGGGUAGUAGACUUGGUGUCCACCCAGCUCAGCAGGAGGAUUCUGUGUGUCUCCCUGGCUGCAAUUUCAGGGCUAAACCCCCAGGACAGUGCCUAGGGGCAUGUUCUGUGCCAACAGGGACUCACCCUUGAGAGGCGUUGUGUGUGAGGACCUUGGGUGUCACAGGGUGGGCAGGUCCUGCUGAAUGGCCCUCUGCAGCCAGCUGUACAGGAUGGUCAUCUGACUCCUUCAAACCACUGUAGAGGCUUUGUGGUACCCCUCACCAUCAGAGAGCUGCUUUGUCUUUAAGCAUCUCAGCUGACAGCACCUUAGAGCUCGUACGAGAAACCAGCUUAGAGUCCUUGGGAUGGACCAUGCUUUGUAUAACCAGUUUUCUGGCUGGCUUGCUUUAAGAAUCUCAGGAAAACUCAUCAAAAAGCAGGAAAUGGAGCUCUGGCUCAAGAGGUAGAGCACUAGCCUUGAGCACAGAGCUCAGGGACAGCACCCAGACCCUGAGUUCAAGCCCUAAGACUGGCACAAAAGCAAAAAGCAUCCCAGUGUGAUGUAGCUUGUUCCAGAAGCCAGCCCACAGUCCUCUGAACGGACCACACUUGGUAGCGCCUGUUUCGGUAGUCUUGUGAUUUCUGUUCUGAAUUGUAUCUUGUAUGCUGGGGAACAUGACUUCUAAGCAAGCCCCUGCAAUCCUUUGUGACCCAGGGAGCAGCCUUCAGUUUGCCUUCUGAUUCCAAGGCAGCUAAGAUUUCCUGAGAUGAGGACUACAUACAUGCCUGGACCUUUUAGAGGCUUUGUAUUGUGUCCCAAAGUGGUAUGUAUGCGUAUAUGUGUUGUAUGUAUGUAUACACAUGUACAUGAGUAUGUUAUGUGUGCAUAUAUCAUCUGUCAUUCAUCUGUAUCUAGCUUUCAUUGACCAUCAAUCAUUUACCAUCCAUCCAAUUGGCUUAUUUUUUAAAGCAAUUUAUUUAUUUAAAUCACUAAAAAGUAAGUUCAUGAAUAAUUUGUACCAGUGGCAUCAACUUAUAUUAAAAAGGCAGGAUAAAUAUACAGUUUAGCAGCUGAAAAAGAUACAUUAAAAAUCCUCUUGAAAA